UGACAAAGAAACAGAAAAUGGAAACAGCCAAGCUUCUUUUACCAUUUUUGUUGUUAAUCUCGGUGGCCUUGACAGUCAUCGCAGGUGAGUAUGUCCGGCCUCAACCUCGGAGAGACCUCCAAUUCCCAUGGGACCCAAAGCCCUCUUCCCAACCGCAACAGGUGCACAUCUCUUUGGCAGGAGACAAGCACAUGCGAGUGAUUUGGGUCACCGGUGAUAAAUCUGCUCCUUCAAUUGUUGAAUAUGGAACAUCAUCGGGAAAAUAUAGCUCCGUAGCUCAAGGGGAAAGCACUUCGUAUAGUUAUCUGAUGUAUAAGUCUGGGCAGAUACAUCAUACUGUCAUCGGUCCACUUGAACAUGAUACGGUUUACUUCUACAAAUGUGGAGGACAAGGUCCUGAGUUUCAGCUCAAGACCCCUGCUGCUCAAUUUCCAGUUACUUUUGCUGUGGCCGGAGAUCUGGGUCAAACUGGAUGGACAAGGUCAACCCUAGACCACAUCGACCAAUGCAAGUAUGAUGUGCAUCUCCUUCCUGGAGACCUUUCAUAUGCUGAUUAUGUGCAGUCUCGGUGGGAUACUUUCGGUGAGCUGGUACAGCCACUCGCAAGUGCAAGGCCAUGGAUGGUAACCCAGGGAAACCAUGAGAAGGAGAGGAUACCAUUCUUUAAGGAUGGGUUUGAGUCCUAUAAUUCUAGGUGGAAAAUGCCAUAUAAAGAGAGUGGAUCGAGCUCAAAUCUAUAUUACUCUUUUGAAGUUGCAGGCAGUCAUAUUAUCAUGCUUGGCUCGUAUACUGGUUAUGAUGAAUAUUCAGAUCAGUACAGGUGGUUGAAGGCUGAUCUGUCAAAGGUAGAUCGACAAAAGACACCGUGGUUGCUUGUGCUAUUUCAUGUUCCCUGGUAUAAUAGUAACAAGGCCCAUCAAGGUGAAGGGGACAGCAUGAUGGCAGCAAUCGAGCCAUUGCUUUAUGCUGCUAGUGCUGAUAUAGUGUUUUCAGGUCAUGUUCAUGCUUACGAGCGCUCGAAACGUGUUAACAGUGGAAAAUCAGAUACAUGUGGUGCAGUCCACAUUACUAUUGGUGAUGGAGGAAAUCGAGAAGGUUUAGCUCAAAGGUACGUGCACCCAUCACCUGAGUGGUCAGUUUUCCGGGAAGCAAGUUUUGGUCAUGGUGAGCUAAAGAUAGUCAAUUCAACUCAUGCCUUUUGGACCUGGCAUAGGAAUGAUGAUGAUGAGCCAGUAAGGUCUGAUCAGGUCUGGAUAACCUCCUUGGUCAGUUCAGGAUGUGUUGCUGAGAAGACACAUGAGCUGAGGACGAUACUCAUGUCACCAUAGUACAUUAGUACAUCUGAUGCCCGCUUCACUUGAGUUGUGUGAAGUUUAACUUCUCAGCAUCAUAAUAUCUUAAGCGAAUCAUUCUCCCUGCUAUAAUGCAGUGCCCAGAGGGUGCUGUUUGAUCAAAUAGUUCAUUUGUGCAGAGCACCUAUGUA